UAAUGGAUACAUCAAGCUAUCUGCCCAAGGCAACCGCUUGCCAUGGGACAAAGUGUCAACCCGUCGGAUGCAGUUGUGGACAAGGAAGCACAAAUCCAUAUGAAUGUGGCCCCAUUCAAGAGCAUGUGCAGCAGGCGACAGUCUCCAGCAGGGCUCCCGCGAGCGCUUGGGCAUGUGGCGCUUCGCUUCUUCUAACAAAUCCCGAUUGAUUUUGCCAUGAAAUCAUCGCUGCUCAUGCGCUCAUGGUUGAGUGCAAGGACGAGAGGGGUGACUGAGCACCACCGCGUCCACCAACCCCGCAUGAGCAGCGAUAAGCACUUGCAGAGUCCACUGGUAAGCCGGUCUGCAGCGAAGCAUCGAUGGUGAAGGAAAAGAUGAGGGAAGGGGUUUGGUGAUUGGUGUGCCCUAAUAGCCCGUAAUAAAGCUGGAGCUGGUAGCAUCUAGAGGAAGCCUCUCAAGAGAGAGGGGGUGCAGCCUCGCGUAUGUUUAGUCUGGGUCACCCACAGGCUGUUGCGCUUCUCUGGCCCACGUCCAGUCUCCUUACCAGUUGAGACGAAUGAAGGGGGUCAAACCUUAUUAUUCAAAAUCGGUUGAUGCACUCAAGGCAGUCGAAGUCGC